AAUUAGAGUAAAGCACAAAGAACGUUGACCUUAAGCAAAUAAGCAAUGGGGAGAUAUACAACAAUUUUCCUUCCCAUUUUGACACUCCUUUACUUUCUUAUCAAAGCCUCACCCCAACUUUCUGACUAUGAACUCCAAUUCCCAUGUAAACCGCCUCAAAAUUUGUAUCCUUUUUGCAAUACAUCUCUUCCUUUUUCAACCAGAUCAAAUUCCCUACUUUCUCUUCUCACUAUCCAUGAAAAAAUCAGUUUCCUUUGCAACAAUUUUACUGGAAUUCCCAGACUAGGAAUCCCACCUUAUGAAUGGUGGUCUGAAUCCCUCCAUGGAAUUGCCACAAAUGGUCCUGGAAUCUCUUUUGAUGGACCCAUUAAAGCAGCCACAAUGUUCCCACAAGUGCUUAAUUCAGCCGCUUCGUUUAAUAAGACUUUGUGGUUUAAAAUUGCUUCUGCGGUUAGUAUUGAAGGAAGGGCAAUGUACAAUUUUGGGCAAGCUGGGUUGACUUUUUGGGCACCCAAUAUUAAUAUUUUUAGGGAUCCUAGAUGGGGUAGAGGACAGGAGACUCCUGGGGAGGACCCACUUGUUGUUUCAUCUUAUGCUGUUGAAUUUGUUAAAGGGUUUCAAGGGGAUUAUGGGUGGAAGGAGGAAGGUUUUGAAAAUGGGGGUUUUAGGAAGAAUAGAGUGUUAGAAGAAGAAGAUGGUGGUGGUUUGUUGAUGCUCUCUGCUUGUUGUAAGCAUUUUACUGCUUAUGAUCUUGAAAAGUGGGGUAAUUUCAGCAGAUAUUCCUUCAAUGCUGUGGUUACGGAGCAAGAUAUGGAGGAUACAUAUCAACCCCCUUUCAAGAACUGUAUCCAAAAAGGUAAAGCAAGCUGCUUAAUGUGCUCUUACAAUAGUGUCAAUGGAGUACCAGCAUGUGCAAGAGGAGAUCUCUUGCAGAAAGUGCGAAGUGAAUGGGGUUUUAAUGGAUAUAUUGCCUCUGAUUGUGAUGCAAUAGCGACAAUCUAUGAAUACCAGUAUUAUGUUCACACAGCCGAAGAUGCAGUUGCUGACGCUCUUAAAGCAGGAGUUGAUAUAAAUUGUGGUACUUACAUGCUUCGCAAUGCCGAGUCUGCGAUUACAAAAGGAAAACUUAAGGAGGAAGAUAUAGACCCUGCUCUUAUAAACCAGUUUACUGUUCUGCUCCGUUUGGGCUUGUUUGAUGGCGAUCCUUUAAAAGGAAAGUUUGGUAGAUUGGGUAAUGGUGAUGUCUGUACUAAAGGGCACCAACAAUUGGCACUUGAAGCAGCAAGGCAGGGCAUAGUACUUCUCAAGAAUAACGACAACUUUUUACCCUUGAACAAGAACCAUGUAUAUUCAUUAGCUGUCAUUGGUCCUGGUGCAAAUUCUACGACCUUCAUCGGGGGCUUGUAUUCAGGAGUUCCGUGCCAUGCGGAAUCCUACUUUGAGGGCUUACAAAGAUACGUUAAGAAGACGACGUAUGUUGGCGGAUGCCUGGACGUGGCUUGUGAGUCUGGUUCAACAUUUGAUGAAGCCCUUAUAGUUGCGGAAGCAUCUGAUUACGUUAUCUUAGUUGUUGGACUGGACUUGACCCAAGAAACUGAAGAUAAAGACCGAGUUACUAUUCUUCUUCCUGGCAAACAGAUGGAACUCGUAUCUCUGGUCGCUUCUGUAAGCAAAAAACCAAUAGUUUUAGUUCUCACUGGUGGUGGACCAUUAGAUGUGUCUUUUGCUGAACAAGAUUCUCGAAUCGCAAGCAUUCUUUGGGUUGGGUAUCCAGGUGAAGCUGGUCCCAAGGCACUAGCUGAAGUAAUCUUCGGAGAUCACAAUCCAGGUGGAAGAUUGCCAAUGACCUGGUAUCCAGAAUCAUUCACCAAGAUACCGAUGAACAUAAUGAAUAUGCGUCCUGAUCCUUCUCACCAAUAUCCUGGAAGGACCCAUCGGUUUUACACCGGGGAGGUUGUGUAUGAGUUUGGACACGGUUUAAGCUACACUAAUUACACAUACAAGCUUUUAUCCGCACCAAAUAAAUUAAACUUGUUCAUGAACACUGGCGCUGGCUUCAGAAAACUGUAUCAGACAAAGGUCGGAGUUGGUUAUGUUCCGACAGAGCUGUUGUCUUGUGAUUCAUUGGUUUUCCAUGUGCAGAUUUCCAUAAUGAAUGUUGGGAAUAAAGAUGGAAGCCAUAUUCUAAUGCUUUACUCGAAAACAUCGACAUCAGUGGAAGGUGCUCCAAGAAAACAGCUCAUUGGGUUUAGCCGUGUCCAUACUUAUGCAGGCGGUUCAACUGACACGAAUGUGAUGGUUGAUCCUUGUGUACAUCUUAGCUUCGCGAAUGAAAAUGGAAAUCGGGUAUUGGCUCUGGGAGAUUAUACCUUAAUUUUGGGAGACCUAGAGCACACAUUAUUGAUUGAUAUGUAAUUGGUAUUGUUUGGUCUUUGUGCAUAUGCAAGUAUAAAAUAAUUUGGAAGUAUCCCACUUUCAUUUAUGUAUCUUUGUAAGAACUUCUCCAAUGAAUUUUCUGUAGAAAUCUCUAAUAUCCAUUGGGCAUGAAUAAACUGAUUGUAUCUUAUAC